UCACCUGAACCAACUGAUAACCAACCAAACCAAGAAGGCUGAGGCAUCAGUGGCACCAUGUACUCGAGCCCCAAUCACCCCAUGAAGCCCAGUUGCACCAGCAGCAGCAUCACUGAGCUGCUGGGCACCCUGUGUGACUGCAGCCUGUCUGGAGUGUCAUGGAAGCGUCGAGCCCUGGGUGGAGUCUCAAAGGAAGGAUUCCGGAGGGCUCUCAAGAGGCGUGCUUACGAUGCCCUGCUCUCCAAGCUGUUUCUGGAUGCCAGUAAAGUUUCCUCCUCGGGACCGAGUGCCACCGCUAAUACGCCGCCCAGAAACAAAGUCCUGAUGAUAUGCUUUGACUUGCGGGUGGCAGGGUGCAGAGAGGAAGCAGAGAGGUUGGAGGACCAGCUCGGGAAGCUGCCGGAGGAAGCGUCCUCUGGCCUGAAGGAAAUAGACGCAGUUCUUGAGCUCCUUGUGCACCUGGCUGGUUCUGCACCUCCACCCUCGACCUCUUUUAACAGGGACUACAUGAGACGAGAGCGGCCCGUGCUGCGGAGGCCUGAACCCUGGGGCUACCAGAGCGAAGAGCUCCAGCGGCUGGAGGCCAGGUCGUGGGGGCUGGUGUGCGGGGAGGAAUGGGGGACUUUGGAGAGUUUGGGUGAAACUCAGGGGUUGAUGGAUGCCCCUCCAGGUACAGGGCUGCUAGCUCUGAGGACCAAAUUGGAAGUGGAAGAAAAAUUUGAGAAGGACACCAGGAUGACACUGUUCGGAGCACUGCAGCACACUCGCACUUCAGACAUAGAUAUCAGACUGGACCUGCCUCCUGUUCCAAGUAAUAUUGAUGUGACCGGGCUGGCUAUCAGGGUCCCCCCCUGUUUAGAUCAGUCUGAGGAUGAGGGCUUCCAGUCGUCGUCCAACCUGACCCCAGACUCUCAGUCAGAGCCCAGCCCUGUUCCAGACAUUGAUAUAUGGGAGGCUGCCCGCACCUUUGAGCCCGGAAGACGCCGCUGUUGGGAGUCUGUGGGACGCCCACCAGGGAAAAGCGAGUCUCUGUAUCUCACUGAGGGAGGCAGGGAGGCCUUUGACCAGCUCUAUCGUCUCUGGGAGGGCGAGAUGAGGGUGGUGAGCACUGAGACCCUCUCCCCUGUCCUCCCGCUGGACUCUCAGACACAACUGGUCUCCAACCUCCUCAACGUCCUGAUCGGAGUGGCGUCCACAACCUUCCCUCUUAACCAGAGUAUUCAGUUUGACGUCAGGCCUGGAGUGUGCAUCUCGGGAGCCUCUCCAGAGAGCGUGGCUCGUCUCUUGAGGGAGGUGGCCCAGUACGGCACCAACUACUUGAGGCUGAGUAACUUUUCUCUGAAGAGUGCCGACAAGAAGGGCCUAGUCUUCCAGGCUUUUACAGGAGGUCUCAGGAAGUAUCUGCAUUACUACAGAGCUUGUGUUCUCAGCACUUCACCCACCCUCAGCCUGUUGACCAUCAGCUUCCUCUUUCGUAAAGUUGGUCGCCAACUCAGGUACCUGUCAGAGCUGUGCUGUGUUGACGGGCCUUUUGGUGUGGGCCAGGCUACCUUCCCUGCAGGUGUUAAACUGCUGUCCUACCUGUACAAUGAAGCACAGCAUAACUGCAGCAACGAGAACUAUCCGGUCCUGCUGUCGCUGCUGAAGAGCUGCUGUGAACCCUACACAAGGUUUGUGUAUGACUGGGUGUAUAGUGGCGUGUUCCGGGAUGUUCAUGGCGAGUUCAUGAUCCAGGUCAAUGAGGAGUACCUCAGCUCCAGAGACAAAAACUUCUGGAUCCAAGGCUACACUCUGAUCUCUAAGGAUGUGGAGGAUUGUGUUCCCAUCUUCCUCAAACACAUCGCCAAUGAUGUGUACGUCUGCGGAAAAACCAUCAACCUCCUGAAGAUCUGCUGCCCACAGCACUACAUCUGCUGGUCGGAGCUGCCGGUGCCUCGUAUUGCUGUCACCUUCUCCCUUCAGGAGGUGGAGGAGAUCGAGAAGGACUGUGCUGUGUACCGCGGACGCAUGGAGAGGAUUGCCAAGCAUAGCGCCAUCAGCAGGGAGGAGCAGGCCCUGCGUACAGAGCAGGCACGCCAAGAGCUGAUCAAUCAGGUCAGAGCGUCAACAGCCAAAACUCUGGAAAGCAUCCGUGGACGUCAGGUGUCACAACGUCUGGCUGAAGAGGCCAAGAAGAGGGAGCGUUUUGAGGGGUUUAAGCAGCAUCUGGACCAAGAGCAAGAGUGGCGGAGUGCAGCCAAGAAGAAGCAGGAGGAGGAUGAUUUCAGCUUUGCCAGAGAGCUGAGAGACAGAGAGAAGAGACUACAAGCCCUGGAGGAGCAACUGGAGCAGACAGCCAGGAAGGAGCUGAUUGCUCAGUACAGCCAUCUGUCAGAGGAAGCUGCCCGCAGAGAGAGACGAGCCUUGUGGAGGGUGCAGCGAAUGAGACUUGACGAAGCACGAGCUCAGUUCUUAAUUCACGACAGAGAGCACACUGAGGCAUUAGUAGAGAAAUAUCCUUUAGGACAGGUGGGACCUCCUGUGGAAUUUCUGCCUCCUAUUUCCUCAACAGCACAGUCUGAACAACAACAGGUGCCAGAGCAGCAGCGUGAAGAGACCCAGGAAUCUGACGCUUUACCAUCACCCCCACCCGACCCAUCAUCAUCACCCAUCAUCCGCCUCACAGCAGAACCUGCGCUCAUCUCUGAAGCGAUCGAUAUCAAGGAUUUCCUCCCCAAAUUACCUAAUCCUGACAGUCAGCAAGUGGACGUGGCCCUACAGGAGAUCGGCUCUGACCUAUCUGAAGUGUGCCCAACAGCACAACUAGUUGACUAUGACUUCAGUGCCCCCUUUAGUCCACUCGAGGGUAUCGCUGGCCAAGCCUCAGUUCAGCCCCGGCCUCGCUGGGGACCCGCAGUCCAGCCUGACUUGAUCCAAAACCAUCCGUCUUUCUCUCACAUCCCCAUCGGUGAGAAUAUGUCCCAAGUCAUGGAGAAUGUCCCCAAAGCCCCCUUCACCACACCCUCCAGCACCCAUGGACACUCCUCUGACGCCAACAUAGAGGUCGGGCCGUUUGUAUCUGAGGUCACUGCUCCUCUAUCGUUUCCCAACAUCCACGGUCAUGCCUCAGACGCCCACAUUCAGAUUCAAGGACAUGUUUCAGGUGUCGAUGACAAGAAGGAUGAAUUUGUCCUCACGGCAGAACAGGACACUAAGAUGGAGAUUUUAGAAAUGAAAGUAGCUGAAAAAGAAGAUGAACGAAAAACUACUGAGCCUAUGAAAGAAGAUGGUGUGAUAGUUACUGCCCCCUUCACCACACCAGGGCAAGGCAGUGGUGACCACAAAGUUGUGACAAGUGUUUCUGACUUGAGACGGGGGAAAUCCCUUGAGAAAAACACUCAAGACCAAAUCUCAGAUGUUCAUAACAAAGGCGAUGAAAAUUUUUCUUUGACUAACGUUCACACUCAUGUCUCCAGAGAGCUGGCUGCAGAUGUUGUUCCAGCCCAGCCAUCAUCCAGCACCCAUGGACACUCCUCUGACGCAAACAUAAAGGUCGGGCAGUUUGUAUCCGAGGUCACUGCUCCUCUAUCGUUUCCCAACAUCCACGGCCAUGCCUCAGACUGCCACAUUCAGAUUCAAGGACAUGUUUCAGGUGUCGAUGGUCCUCCACCUUCCCCCAGCGUUCAUGGUCACUCUUCUGAUUCUCACUUUAAAGCUGGGGAAAAUGUCUCAGACUUUGUGGCUGUUUUUCCUACUUCCAAUGUCCACGGCCAUGCCUCGGAUACCCACUUCAACGUUGGGGAGAUGGUUUCUAACAUAGUUGCCCCUCUGUCCACCCCUAAUGUUCAUGGUCACAGCUCAGAUGCUCAUAUCAAAGUUGGGGAGAAUGUUUCUGAAUUUGUUGCACUGUUCCCUACUGCAAGUAUCCACGGUCACUCUUCUGAUGCAAAUAUGAAAGUGGGCGAGUUUGUAUCCAACGUAUCUGAAACAAUACCUCGUUUUAGUAAACACGGGCAUGCCUCAGACUGCACACUCCAGCCAGGCUGCCAUGUGUCAGGGGACAACCCUACCUUGUCCCUUUUACCCGGCAGUUCUUAUGGUCACUCCUCAGACUCGACGUUAGGUGUAGGAUGUGUAGUUUCAGGAGAAGAACCAAAAUGUCCUCCAAUGCCUGGCAGUGCCCACGGUCAUUCCUCAGACUCCAAUCUAGGUGCCGGAUGUGUUGUGUCCAAAGCUGGACCCCUUCCAUCGCCACUGCCUGGCAGCGCUUACGGCCACUCCUCUGAUUCGUCGCUGGGUAUAGGUUGUGCGGUGCUGGGGACUCAGCUGCAACCCUCUGCACUACCAGGCAGUGUUUAUGGCCACUCGUCAGAUUCUUCACUUGGUGUUGGAUGUGUAGUGAAGAGCAAUCAGCAGAAACCAGAAAACAAUGAAGGUCCUGAGUCGGAGAGUCAUGGUGAGCAGCUGGUGGAGGGCAUGGGGUCCUGGGCAGCAGGCUCUGGUUUGUCCCCAAGAGAACAGUCUGAGCGGGAAUACCUCUUAGCUCUGUCUGCUCAGUACCAAGUGGACCUCUAUGACGACUGCUACAACCUAAUGGCUUCCUCACCCGAGUGUCAGCUGCUGAAGCAGGUAACCCGGGGCCCCUGGGGCCUUCAUACGGAUCCCACUCUCCGCAGAGCGACAGACACCACUGCAGUCCAGCUCAGCGAGAUGGUGUCCCUGCCGGUUCUGAUAAAACACUCUGUCACGACCCCACUCAUCACACAUGUGUCUUUGGUGAACAAGGCGGUGGUGGACUUCUUCUUUGUGGAGUUGGGAGUUGAAAGACACUUUGAAGCACUGCGCCAUUUCCUGCUGAUGGAGGACGGCGAGUUUGCCCAGUCCCUCAGUGAUCUGCUCUUUGAAAAGCUGGGCAAUCGGCAGACUCCCGGCGAGCUGCUGACCCCCUUGGUCCUGAACUCCAUCCUCAGCAAGGCCCUGCAGUACAGCUUGCACGGCGACACCCCCUUGGCCGCCAACUUCACCUUCGCCCUUCGCUUCUUCCCGGAGACAUUUCACCCGCACGCCCCUGACUCCCUCAACUGCCUGGAGCUGCGCUACAAGGUGGACUGGCCGUUGAACAUCAUCAUCACGGACAGCUGCAUGAACAAAUACAACCGCCUGUUCUCGUUCCUGCUGCAGCUCAAACACAUGGUGUGGAGCCUCCGUGAUGUCUGGUUCCACCUGAAGAGAACAGCGCUGGUGAAAGGUGCGGGUCGCUCGGUGCAGUUCCAUCAGCUGCAGCUCUACAGACAUGAGAUGCAGCAUUUCGUCAAGGUGAUCCAGGGAUACAUUGCCAACCAGAUCCUGCAGGUGUCGUGGAGCGAGUUCACAGCCAAGCUGGCCACUGCCAGCGACCUGGAUGCCAUCCACCGCACACAUGCAGACUACCUGAACAGAGCCAUCUUCAGGGGUUUGCUGACAGAGAAGGCAGCUCCGGUCAUGAACAUCAUCCACAGCAUCUUCAGCCUGAUCCUCAAGUUCCGGGCCCAGCUGAUCGCCCAGCCGUGGGACAGCCAGCACGGCGAGGCGGUGCACCCCAGCUUCAUCGCCAUGCAGCAGUCGUACAACACCUUCAAGUAUUACUCUCACUUCCUCUUCAAAGUGGUGACCAAGCUGGUUAACCGAGGCUACCAGCCUCAUCUGGAGGAUUUCCUCCUUCGCAUCAACUUCAACAACUACUACAAAGACUCAUGAGCUGUGUGCCGGUUUGUUUCUAAGUUUGACAUGAGCUUAAAGUUUCACAGACAUGUUUGUUAGAUACCUAACCAAAGCAGCAGUGUACUGUCCAACGUACUUGUUUAUAUUCUUAGUAUCUUAUCUCAGAUCAGAUCAUUAGAUGUAUAUUUUAAACAAAGUUAUUCUGGCGUUCACGUCAGUGCACAGAAUACAUUAAAACCCCACCUGGACUUUACACUGAGAAAGGGUUUGACAUUGAAACCACAUUAGGCAAUCACCCCACAUCAACGUGCAGGAUGUGAACUACAGGCCUGCUGCUUGAUUAAUUAGUCUGCUUCUGAAAUGUGUAUGCUGCCAAAGUUUGUAAUUGUGAUGAAGCUAAUGCCUGUAAUGAAAUGUAAUGCCUCCCGUGCUCAGGUGAAACUCCAGCUGUGUAGGUUUUAAGUGCAUAAGUCUUGAAUGGAAAUGAUAUGUAAAUACUUAAGGAA